AUGCACAACGACAUCGCACUUGUCCGUAUUCCAUAUGUUAAAUACAACAAAAACCUUCAUCCCGUUAAGCUACCGAAGAUCCAAUCACACUAUCGAACCUACGCUGGUUCUGAGGCUAUCUUUACAGGGUGGGGACCUACCACGAAUACUUCCACCACUGAACCCGAGAUACUUCGGUACGCUAAAGUAAAAGUCAUGAAGAACGUAGAAUGCAGGGCUAAAGCUUACAACUUCAUUGGCUUUGAGCAAAUCUGUGCUUCGGCCGCCUCUGGUGCAUCGCCGUGGGACGGUGACGGUGGUGACCCAUUGGUGGAGUUGCCAGGCUUCAGUCAGAUUGGUAUUACGUCCUUUGUAAUAAAAAAGCAAGGUAUUGCUGGCUUCACCCGAGUAACUAGUUACCUCGGCUGGAUCAAGGAACAUACCGGUCUUCCUUUGUAA